UGACUUGACGUUCCCCUCUUCUGUGUAUCCUUGCGUUGGGGUGAAGCCGCAUAAAAGCGUUUCCAUAAUGCGGGCGUGAAGUGCUCCUCAUGUAGUAAAACGGAGGCGAUUCAGGAGGAGGACAGCGGAGGGUUACCGGCUUUACAUCGAGUCUGUCAGUUAGGCACCGGGGGAAUAAAAUGUCGAACCGUAAGCACCGGGACAACCAGGAGAUCUGCGCCCGCAAGGUCCGGGAGCUGGCCCAGUCUGGAGUAAACAAACACUGCUUCGAGUGCAACCAGCCCGGGGUGACAUACACCGACAUCACGGUGGGCAGCUUCGUCUGCACGUCGUGCUCUGGAAUGCUGAGAGGCCUCAACCCUCCCCAUAGAGUCAAGUCUAUCUCCAUGACAACCUUCUCCCAACAGGAAGUGGAAUUCCUCCAAAACCAUGGCAACGAGGUUGGGAGGAGAACUUGGCUGUGCGUGUUUGACCCAAAGACAGACGGCUGCUCCGACAUGAAAGACUCUCAGAAGUUCAAAGAGUUCCUGCAGGACAAAUUCGAGAAGAAAAAGUGGCAUUUUUCCAAAAGUAAGAACCGGAGGGAUGUCGAGGGUCCUUGGAGCCCGGGGGUCCAGGCAGUGCCCCCUUCCCUUGGUCCCUUAGCGAGCCAGGCUCCCUGCCAUAACCUGCCCCCUAACGCCAGGUCCACACGGCCAAUGUCUCAGUCCCAGCUGCCGUCAUGGGAUCGAGCUCCUGCGAUCUCGCCCGCCGACAUGCGGACGGACGUGUUCACCGCUCGGCCAUCGCGCUCCCAAAGCUUCAGAGACCCCUCUCUGAAAGAUCCCUCCCUGUGCGGGAUAGAGAGACAGCGGCCAGGCUCUAUGUCGUCGGCGCUGGGAGCUCAGAGCCACGUCCCCUCCUUCCCCGCCCUCCCGCGGCCCUCAGCCAGUAGCUCUUUCAAAAACCACUUCACUUUAGGUCGCACAGUAUCGGCCUCGGGGACUUCGGGGCCCUUCAGGGCCUUCCCCAAGUCUCUCAGCGUGGACUUUGGAGGUUUGAACCAUGCUCAGCAGCAGCAGCAGCAGCAGCAGCAGCCUCUGCCCCAGUCUCUGUCCCAGCAGCAGCCUGGAAGUGCCAGCCAGACGACACAGCCUGUCGGCAGCUCCAACGCCCAGGACAGAUACGCUGCCGUAUCACAUCUGGACAGUGUCUUCUGUGACACAUCAACGGUCGCAGUUCCACCUGGUGGCCCUCCGCAGUACAACGCCAUCUUCGGCAGCAGGCUCUCGUCCAGCUCUACUCCUGCCAGUUCCCCCGGUGUCGAUACGGUCUCCAGCUCCCAAACUUUUGCAAAUUUCCCCAACCCAUUCAGCUCCAGCUCCAGUUCCAUCUCCAGCUCUGCUUCCCAGCAGCCCAUUGCGCUCUCCCCCAGUAACCCCUUCAGCAACGCAUCAGGAGGUGACUCCAGUGCGUUUGUCACCUCGCCCACCUCCGUUUUCCCUACGUCCGCCUCCUUCCCAGCACCCAACACCCAGAGUGCAUUUCAUCAUGAAUCAGCCAGCAACCAGGAAGCCAAUGGUUUUGCCUCCUUCCCUGCGCCCGACUCUCAGCCUAAAGUCCCUCGGCCCAUGUCGGUGAACCCGUUUACGGGGAAUGUUUACCCCAGUCGAGGGACGCGUUCAGAACCCUUUACAUCCCCCCCUCUCCUUACUUCACCCAACCCGUACAUCUCUGGGAACCGAGGGAGAAUGGACGCCACCUCAGGGCUCUGUGGGAGUCACGAGUAA